AUCGUGAAUUCCGAAUAGCGGAAUGCUAUUUUAUCCUCUAACCUCUGACCGAUCUGUGCCCCGGAAGAGCCAACUACCUGCGUGCACAGAGGCCCCAUAUCUUAAGUCAUGGUCGUCACGUCUUCUGCUGCCGCCGUCUCGCGAAUCGCUUACUUGGCAUCCGAUGUCCUCGUUGACUCGCGACCUCCAUUGCCUGCUGCUUCAAAGUUUUUGGACGUCUUGAACACCCUCUCGGAGCAGCGAGGGGCAAAACCGGUUUACAGCCUUCCCUCUGGUGCCGACCCGAGCGGCACUCUGCUGCGAAACAGCUCAACCAGCCUAGUCGCGUAUACCGCUUCUUCCAAGCCCGAGCUGCUCCAUCACCUCCUCGUGCAUCUUUCCGAGCUCAGCACGGCACCAGUCGUCUUUCAUAUUGCCAUAGAGGAUGACCUCUCAGACGUUCUCAUCCUCCGCUCCAGCGUUCCUUUCUUCCUCUUCUCACGGACAGCCCAGCAAGCUCACGAUAAUGCCCUUCUCGGCUCUCGGCUGGCUCGGCUGGAGAGAAAGCCCGUCCUGCAUGUCUUCGCGGACGUAGAAGGAUUCGUAGAGGAGAUUGAGAGCGACUGGAUCCCGCCUUUCCUAUCGGAGGAUAGCGCAGCCGUCGUUAAUGGUCACGUCCUUCCUUCUGACGAGUACGUCCCCGCGCUUUACCAGUCGUAUCUUAGCGCAGCGACUACCACUUCCACACGACUCAGGCGGUCUGUCCGUGCCUUCUCUGAGCACGGCUCUGGAAGGCCCCAUACAGUCAUCUUCACGUUUGGCCGACCCUUGUUCAGGUUCGAUCUAGACGACAUCCUCUUCGUCGAUAUCUCUCUUGUGAACCCCCUCCCAGCCUCCCAGAUUAACAGUCGCAUCCCUCCAGGUGUUUCCCGCGUCCUGGUUGUCGAACAAGUUCGCCGCUGGUCGACCAAAUGGACACCUCUGUACCUUGAAGUCGUCAAUGCCAUUCAGCAAGACGAACGCGACGAGUACCCAACCGUACACAGCGUCUCCUUAGAGGGUGAUGUGCAUGCUGCGGACAUCCUUAAGCUGGUCCGACAUGCUUCAGAGGAGUCGCCCAGCAAGCGCUUGCAACUUGGUUACCCCUCGAGCCCAAUGAAGACCGUACCUCUCAUUACUCCCCACGUCCCCAAGCACGAGUCGUCAUACGUCAAGAUUCUGAACCAGCUCUUUGGCGAGCGGUUGCAGAUCGCCAACUCCCCUGGCCUCGUUGCUUCUCAGGGCCAGGUGGCCACUACUCCGGAGUUUGCGCUUGGUCGUGUACGCGGAGAGAUCGAGCUCCGCAACGAGCUCGUAGAGGCCAUCAAGGAGCUUCUGCAAGAUUCUGCGGUCACCCCUGAGCUACACAGCCUUCUGAGCAAAUGGCUACUCAACAAGGAUGAUCCUAGCAUGGCCAGUCAGCUCGGCCAGGAAACUGUCGAGGCUCUUGAAGCCGGCACCACCACCAGCUCCGCGGCGAACCGCGUGUUGUCGCUCAAGGCGCACUUUCCCGUUCUCUCGCGCUGGAUUGUUGGUUCCGACGCCUGGUCCUACGACGUCGGCGCAUCUGGCCUGCACCAUGCCAUCGCCUCGAAGCUCAACCUCAACAUCCUUCUGUUGGACACUGUACCGUACUCUUCGCGUAAUGUCACAGACCCCAACCGCCGCAAGCACGAUGUCGGUCUCUACGCUAUGAACCACGGAGACGUGUAUGUUGCUAGUGUCGCUGUCUAUUCGUCUUACGCACAAGUCUUGCAUGCCUUGGUUGAGGCCGAUCGCUACGAAGGCCCUAGUGUCGUCCUCGCAUAUUUGCCUUACAAGACCGAGGAGGACCCCGCCCUUUCGCUGCUCAAGGAGACCAAGCUUGCUGUUGAUGCUGGCUACUGGCCUCUCUACCGUUGGAACCCGAGUAAGGAGGCGCAAGGCAAGGAACCAUUCACUCUCGACUCUGACGCCGUCAAGAACGAUUUGCAGCAGUUUUUGGACCGCCAGAACCAUCUCUCGCAGCUGGUACGCUCUAAGCCGCAGCUCGCGGCGGAGAUCGUUAGUAGCUUGGGCGAGAACGUCAAGGAAGCCCGCAGGAAGCGUGCGCAGCAGUCCUACGCAGAACUUCUGACCGCGAUUGAUGCCCCGCCUCUGCUCGUUCUCUAUGCCUCCGACGGUGGCAAGACCGAGAAGGUCGCUCGCCGUCUCGCUACUCGCGGAAAAAUGCGCGGUCUCUCUACGACGGUGCAGACCAUGGAUUCAAUUACCGUCGAAGAUCUCGCCAAAGAGGAGUACGUUGCCUUCCUCACUUCUGUCGCCGGACAGGGCGAGUUCCCGCAGAACGGCCGCACCUUAUUCAAAGCCUUGAACGCGCUUGCUUCUCGUGGCGAGAAGCCGCUCACAAACCUCAAGUUCACAGUCUUCGGUAUGGGUGACAGCCACUACUGGCCGCGCCUCGAGGACGCACACUAUUAUAACAAGGCCGGCAAGGACCUCGAUAGGCGUCUUGAGCAGCUCGGCGGUCAGCGCGUCGCCGAGUUCGGCUUUGGUGACGACCAGGACGCGGACGGUCCUGAGACUGGCUACAAGCUCUGGGAGCCGCUCGUCUGGAAAACUCUCGGUGUCGAUGCGAUCGAGGUGCGCGAAGCGGAGCCCGAGCCGAUCACAAAUGAGCACAUCAAGGUCGCGUCACAGUACCUUCGUGGCACGAUUGUGGAAGGCCUCCAGGACAACAGCACCGGUGCUCUCGCACCUAGCGACACGCAGUUGACGAAGUUCCAUGGUAUCUAUCAGCAAGACGAUCGCGAUAUCCGCGACGAGCGCCAGGCGCAGGGGGUGGAGCCCGCAUACGCAUUCAUGAUUCGUGUGCGUAUGCCCGGCGGCGUGUGCACGCCAGAGCAGUGGCUUGCUAUGGACCAGAUUGCGGACGAGCACGGAACCGGCUCGCUCAAGAUCACCACUCGCCAGACUUUCCAGUUCCACGGUGUUAUCAAGCGCCACCUCAAGAUGGCGAUCCAGGAUAUCAACCGCGUCUUGCUGGAUACCCUUGCUGCUUGCGGUGACGUUAACCGUAACGUCAUUUGCUCUUCCAUACCGUCGAUCUCGACAAUCCACAAACAGACUUACGAAUUCGCAAAGCGCGUUAGCAGCCACCUCGUUCCUCGCACAACCGCAUACCACGAGAUUUGGUUGGACAAGAAGCUGGUUGCAGGCGAUGCCCUGAAGGACGUCGAGCCGUUAUAUGGCGAGUUUUAUCUGCCCAGGAAGUUCAAGAUUGCUGUUGCAGUGCCUCCUCAAAACGAUGUCGACGUCUUUGCCAAUGACGUCGGAUUCAUUGCUAUCGUCGACGAGAAGGGUGAGCUGUCCGGCUUCAACGUCACUGCAGGCGGUGGUAUGGGCGUUACCCACGGUAACAAGAAGACGUACCCCCGCACCGGUUCGUUGCUCGGCUUUUGCACCGUUGAACAGGGACACGAUGUUGCCGAGAAGAUCAUGCUGGUGCAGCGUGACAACGGUAAUCGAGCAGACCGUAAGAAUGCACGCCUGAAAUACACCAUCGAUCGCAUGGGUUUGGAAACCUUUAAGGCCGAGGUAGAGAAGCGUCUCGGCUACAAACUGCAGCCUGUGCGCCACUUCUCGUUCGACCGCAACAUUGACGACUUCGGUUGGAUUCGCGGCGAUGACGGCAAGCACCACUUCUCGUGUUUCAUCGAGAACGGCCGUGUGCAGGACGAGCCCGAGCGCGACUUUAAGACGGCCCUGCGCGAGAUUGCCAAAGUGCACCGAGGCACGUUCCGGCUGACGACGAACCAACACCUGGUGAUCAGCGACAUUGCGGACGAAGACGUACCGCAGAUCAAAGAGCUCCUCGCAAAGUAUAAUCUCGACUACCUGAACUUCAGCGGCCUGCGGCUGUCGUCGUCGGCAUGUGUCGCGUUCCCGACGUGCGGCCUCGCGAUGGCUGAGUCCGAGCGGUACCUACCUAUCCUUAUCGACAAGGUCGAGAAGAUUUGCGAGGAGAACGGCCUGCGUAACGACUCAAUCGUCAUGCGCAUGACUGGGUGCCCGAAUGGGUGCGCGCGGCCGUACCUCGCGGAGGUUGCCUUCGUUGGUAAGGCACCAGGCUCGUAUAUGAUGUUACUCGGCGGCGGCUACUACGGCCAGCGCAUGAACAAGAUUUACAGAGACGCUGUGACAGAGUCAGAGAUCCUGGCGAUCCUCAAGCCGAUGAUCAAGCAAUACGCUUUGGAACGCCUCGAAGGCGAGCACUUUGGUGACUUUGUAAUCCGUGUGGGCUACAUUGCGCCGACGGAGUCCGGCAUGACAUGGUGGGACGGUGCUGGUGGCGAGGGUGUGCACCGGGAGGCGGUUGUAUGACUUACUGGUGACUGAUAGAACAAAAGCUUUGAGCAAUGUGCAAUGUUACAUGUACAGUAAGGAUCUUCUUUCUGCCGUCGUGCACCGCGCCAUGCAACUAAACAUGCGGAGUCAUCCCCAUAUUAAAAUGAUCGACUAAAUUCCCCAAUAGGCAUUGUGUACAGAUUGUGGUAGAGUGCGAAGGAAAAUGAUACAGCUAGAGAUACAAUACGGAAUCCGUUUGGGAACCAAUAAUGCGGCAAAGUUUGUACAGGUAAACCGUCAAGUUCCGGGCGGCCCUCCGACGAGUGUGUCGAUACGUAAGGUGCGCCGAUGCGGAAGGCCUUCUCCGUCUUCGCUCAGAGCUUCGCCGCGACGGCAAUAGAGCGGGAACCACCGAGCGGAGCAGGCGGGCCCCGCCAUGCGGGAAGCUUGUGAUUUUCGACUUUGGCGUACGCAACUUGCUUGCUCGCCUUGGCCUCGGUCAGAGUCUCCUUGAGGGCUGCAAUGACCUUGUCUAGGUCUCCACGCUCAGGGUGCACGGCGGUAAUACCCAUGUGACCAAUGCGGAAGUACUUGUCUUUGUUUUCCUUGUGGAUACCGCCGGUAACAACGAUACCCUUCUGUGCCAUCCGCGGGACGAUGUCUGAAGGGGCUAGUCCCUCAGGCAAGUAGAUUGCUGUCAUGCCAUUCGCAGCGUUGUGGGGAUCGGCAGGGACCAACGUCAGGCCAAGCUCCUUAGCGGUGUUCCUGAUGCGGUCAGCGGCGUGAAUGUGAGCUCUGAAGCGCUCUUCAAGAGUGAGCUUCGGGUCUCUUAGAAUCUCGAUCAGCGACUGCCGGUACGAGCAGAUCAGAUUGACCGGAGGCGUCGCAAAGUAGGAAGGUUUGCCAGCUUCAUACGCCUGCAUGAUGGGAAGCCAUCGCUUCCAGCUCGAGUAGUAGCCAGCGAUCAGCGCCUUGCGCUCGUUGCAGACCUUCAAAGCUUUUUGGCUGGCGACGACAACGCUGAUACCCGGGGGAGCACCAAGACCCUUUUGACUCGCAGACACGACAACAUCGAUGUUCCAAGCAUCCAUGCGGAUCUCCUCGCUGGCCACGGAGCAAACACCAUCCAAGAUGACAAGAGACUCGGGAGCCAGCCGCUGGCAGACCUCGCCGAUCAUCUUCGCGUCGGACAGAACAGCUGUAGAGGUGUCGACAUGGCUGAAGCAAACAAGCUUGUACUUUUUGACUCUCAAAGCCGACUCGAGUUCAUGCUGCGAGACCGCCUUGCCAAAGUCCGCACGGAUCUCAUCGACGUUCGCGCCGUAUGAGCGCAGACAAUCCGCAAAGCUGUCUCCGAAAUAGCCGCAGUUGAGUAGGAGCGCAUCUUCACCGGGCUCGAUCAAGUUCGCGGCAACCUGAUCCCAGCCGAGAGUACCAGAUCCAGCGAUUAGGAACGGCUGGCCAGCUUCGGUAAAUACCACCUCUCUCGUCAUGCGGAUGGCAUCGCCAAAGAUGGGGAUGAAGUCUGCGCCGGCGUGGGCAAGAGGGGGGAGUGCAUUGGCGUAGAGAACCUCAUCAGAGACUUCUAUGGGGCCGGGGAUAACCAGCAACUUGUGAGGAGCCUGCUUGAACGUCGACAUAGUGCGUGCAACGAGCGAAGAUUGAAAAGUGCUGAUUUGAGCAAGCGCAGAUGAGCUGAAGGCUGUCUGUUUCGUUCGGUGUUCCGUGUCACCUCAAAAC